AGGCUAAAAGUGUUAACACCAAAAGUCAAGAAUCAACGGCAGAAAAGUCCAUCAUACCAUCAACAGGAGUGUCAAACAUUCGAGAAGAUACGGUGAUUACUACUGAACAGUUAACUGCUGCAAAGGAAUCGGUUUCAACACGUAAGCCAUAUGAUCAUUACGAUUUCUCCUAA